AGUGAAUCCGCUCGAGACUCCGCAGACCAGCGGAGCGGCGCGAGCAGCUGAGGUCAGUCCGGACCGGCCGGAGCGUACUAGCCCGCUUUAAAUGAGCCUUUCACAGCGCGCGUGAGGCCGCAUGUGAUAUCUGCUCCAUGUCGUGUUCUCUGAAGAGAAAGCUGCAGUCGGAGGAUGAGGAUGAAAAGGAACCCAAAGUGGUGGCCAUACUGGCGGACCCUCACCCAGCCUACUCCCUCCAGAGGGAGACCGUGCUGCAGCUGUCCCUACAGAAGCUCUGCAGUCACGUAGAGACAGCUCUGGUGCGUCGUGUCCUCAUCACCAACACGCUGAGGUCCAUCCAGCAGGAGCUCAGCCAGCAGGGGGCGCUAAUCAUGACCCAAACACAUAGCGGAGCUACAGAGGUCAGUUGGGGUGCCGGGGUUGGAACCGAGGGCAGUCUGACCCCGGCGUGGGUUCUGGAGCAAGACGGGGAACUGUUGUUUUCUCUACACUCAUCCAUUCCCGCCCAUUCGGCCUCGUCCAUCAACAGAUCUUCUCCAAAGGACAGUUUCUCCACUGCUUUGUCUGAAAUCGAGGAUUUGUGUCCCACUCUAACAGUGGCGGCCAGUUCUACCCCUUUUUCUACGUCUUUGUCUGUCGCUCAACCAGACCUUCAAUGCUCUUCUAAUAAAAAUGGUAGACUCAGCUUUCCAGCUGUUGAAAUGUCAGAAAAAGAGGCUCAAAUUCAUACCGGCUCAAAUGGGCCUUGUGACUCUGCCCACUUGUCCAGUUCCAUUUUUCUCCCUGAACUUUCACUGGACGAUUUCCUCUUCUCAGACAUCGACAACUUCCUGUGUGACUUGAACCCUUGCGGCCCAAACCCGGGCCUAGCCCAGGGCUCAUCCUCUUCUAAGGUAGUUUCCAUGGUAACGGACGACCUCUUGAGAAGCCUCACCAACCAGCCUUUCAAAACGGACCUGAACGAGCUGGACCAUAUCAUGGAGGUUCUGGUCGGCUCAUGAGGGACAUGCGCAAAACACAGUAAAGUGACAGUUUUGAAGAUUUAUGUUUCAUUUUUUGACCAAAGUGAUCGAUCAGCCAGGACGAGUUUCCUUCUGUAGCUUUGCCUUGGACCUACUAGGCCAACAAAGCUAACAAACAGUGGAAGCACAUCAAUUACCACUGUGCCAACUUGCCUUCAACCAAGUUAUCAAAUUGUUUAGUAAUUGCAAAAAUAGAUUCGCUUAAUAGUUUCUGACACUGUAUGACAUCCUGUUAUCUGCUCAUAGUAUUGGAUUGCGUCAUUAAGAAGACCAUGUCACCAUGUUGGCAGGCAAGCUGUAACUGUGACUGUGUUCUGAUAGAGCUCAUCUCAACACCGUUACCAUGGCUACAGCCCUACAGGUAGAUAAAAAAAACAAGGAAAAUAGACCAGAACAACCACAAAAAAAGAUUUUUUUUUUUUUAAAGAUAUGUAGAUUCUUCAGAUGCGUCUCCAGAAAACGCCAUGAGGCUAGAAUAAACUAAAUUAAUGAACUGGAUCCAGUUCAAAUUAGCUUCUUAUUGGCCAGUUUCACGUUAGAAUUUUCCGUCCCACCUUAAAUGGUGCUGCAGCUACACUGAGGUUCCUUAAGCGUAGAAUGAAUUUCACGGAUCAGCUUACCUGAAUAAUGCUGUGUCCCAAACCACACGCUUCUGUAUUUCAGCUGCUAUGCUAAUGAGUGCACUUCACACUGCUGAGUGAACUUGACGUUGUCACCGGAAUACAAACAACAGACGUGUACGAAACCAUAGAGCACAGCUAGAAACAGAACAUGCUGUACGUCUGUGUUCAUAGAAAAGAGCACACAGUGUCAGAAACCACUGAACUGAUUCUAUUUGAGAUUACGCAACAUCUUGGAGAAAAAGAGGAAAAUUAUGAAUUAACUAUUGCUUUAAGUUAAAUAUCAUGCAAUGUAAAAGUUUUUAAAAGCCCAUUUUGUGAGUUUUGCAGUGUUCAAAGAUGUCAUGCCAUGGAAAUGAACAUAUUUAUUCACAUGUGCACAUAUUUCUGUUACAUGGCAGCGAUUUAUUAAGGCAGGGAUGUAAUAUAUUAGACAUUCAUCUGAAUAAAUGAUGCUUUAUUUUUA